UAUUGAGCUGUCUCGGACUGUUGAAUUUUUAUAUGAGAAAUUUGCACAUUUACAGAUACAGACAGGAUGAAUACACUGACAAUUUUGUUCACUUUGGCGGCAAUGCUGGCUACAUGUACCGCCUUUACCUGCUAUACCUGCACCAGCGUUCUGAACAGUGGGUGUGACGGAGCGUUUACAGUGAGUAACCCUAGCUCCCUCUCCGGCAACUGUACCACGGCAUGCUACAAGGCUACAACCACCGUGGAUACUUUCUUGGGAUCGUCAACAACGUACACCAGGGGAUGCGCCUCCACCACCCCGACCUCGUUCACCUGUUCCAGCAGCACCGCAGGCAUCUCUGGUCUGGCCAGCGGUUCUACGGAGUCCUGCUACUGCAACACCGAUAACUGCAACUCCGCCUCAAACCUACUGCCCUCUAUCGUCCAGAUCGUCACGAUUGUCGCUGCAGCUUUAUUCUUCCAGAAGUUCUAG